AUGCCUCCGUCUUUGUGCGGUGCCUCGCCCCCCACGGCUGGCCCGUUUUUUCACCCAUCUGUAAUCCCAACCAUCGUCUCAAUACCUCCGCCUGUUACCUACCUGGACAAGAGUCGCGUUUCGCGCCAAGAGUCCUUGCUCACAUGCAAGGUCUGGCCACCCAAUGCGAACCUGUCGAUCCUCUCCGCGCGUCCCCAGUUCCUCUCAUCGCCGCAGCUGCCCUUCAACCUCGGCCCGGUGCCACCCGACUCAUUCGCGGUGCAAGAGGCCGUGGUCGCCGACGACCCCGAGGCCGCCAGGCCGGAGCCCUCGCCGUUCUCCAGCGUCGUCGCCCAACUCAUGGUCUCGGACACCUCCGACGUGUGGCACGUGGACUACAUGGAUCUGCACUGCAAAGCUGCCACGCAGUUUGGAACUGUUGUCAGCGCUCCCUUCCGCGUUGUUCACGCAAGUCUGUUUUGUUGCUCUCUUCGCUCAAGUAACCAGGAGAUUGUAUCCCUUACCGAACCCUAUCAAAAGGCGUUUGACACCAUUUUAAGGGGUGGGACUAAUCGUGUCAGCAGCUGGAUUGUUAAAAUGCUUGCCCCUCGUUUCCUCAACAUGUCGAACCUCGCCUCUAUCACCGACACCGUCCUCUUUGUCACUAACCGACGUAGAUGCGGAGAAUUUGGCCUUGUGCUUAGGGAUGAUACUGGAAUUCCCGUUCACUGCAUAGUCUUUUCGUCCACAGGGCUGGAUGACUUCUCGAUGCUCGAGGGGCACGCUGUGCCCUCGGACUACACCAACACGCAAGUUCGGGAGUUCAUUAAGGGCAACAUGGCCUUCGUAACUUGCCCCCUGCCACCGGACAGCCAACCGCCUCCGACUGUCCAAUUCUACAUCAACGGCUCCCUCGUAAACAAUACCCAAAAGUACAAACAGGUGCGCCGACCCAACGAGAAUUCCGUGCUGCUGUUAAUCAACAGCUUCAAAACAUCGGACGAGGGAGACUACCGGUGUUCGCUGACUAACCCCGUGACCGGCAGAACCGUCUGGUCGCCCAUGAUCGUCAGACUUCAAAUCCGAGGUCAGUUGGCUGUGCUCUUUUCUCGCAAUUCCUCCUCACCUCGAGCUCCCUCUUUUGGUCAUUUUUUCCUCUCCAUUUGGCCGAAACGCUUUCCGGCUCACCCACUGAGUAAAGUAGAAUCGUCCACAUUUGAAACGGCUGCCGUACAUAGGCUUGGCAUUGAACGUGAAACCACAUACACCGGCCUGUUGUCUCGUCAAUUUGAGAACAUCUCUCUAGGCAAAAUGCCCGAUAAGCCGGUUCCGGUGCGUCUGCUGUUGCCCCUGGUCUCGCAGGACAACAGCUCGGCCCUGCAGUCGCGUCAGAUUGUCGUGCGUGAGGGGGACAACGUGACCCUCCUCUGCAUCAUGGAGGGCGCCCCGCCUCCCGAGGUCCGCACCUACCCCCACAACCAGCAGUCCGGUCGAUACAUCUUCGAUGAACAGUUUGGUAUGUCUUGUCACCUUGCUCAUUUCCGUGUGCGGUGUCGGAAGCCUAGACCCUCUUGUGGUUAUUGCUAUUCUCUUCCUCACAGGUGCAUGACUUAA